AGUUGCUUCAACCUACAUCGAGAUUCCAGAACUCUCUCUCUCUUAUCUCUUAUUAGUCAAACUCCUUCUUUCUUCUUCUCUGACCUCAUUCACAAAAAUUUCAGAAACUCAAACAAAACCCAAAUCCAAAUCCAAAUUCAAAUACCCUUUUUCUUCCUGAAUCCAAAGCAUCCACCUUUUCAACCUUUCUUCAAGUGGGUCAUCAGAGAAUUAGAAAAAGAAGAAGAAAUGUUGCAGCUGUUCUUCACAGUGGCUUUCUCCACAGUUCCUCUGACCCUUUACGUGCCACCGAUCAGAAGCUUGAAUCUGUUUGUGGAAACAAUGGAAUAUGUUUUCAGAGAAUCAAGAAGUUACAGGAACAGGGUUUAUCCUCGGCUACGAGUAGCUUGGUCAAGGAUGUUGGAUUUCAUGCUCUGCAACAACAACAUGAGGUAGAUUUCUCAAAUUUCACGAACUGAAAGAACACAUGUUGUUGUAAAUAUAUUUCUCCUUUUUCUUUUCUUUUCUUUCUCUUGAACCCUUUUUGUGGUUCUUGAUUUUUCUUUUUUUCUUUUGCUUAACAUCAAUUCCCAAUCUGCAAUAAAUCGUGUACGGUGCUAUGAGUUUGUUCUUCAGCACUUUUGACUUUGCCACGGAUUAUUGUUGUAAUGUGUGAGUUGUUUUUUUUUUUUUUCUUCUUUUUCAUUUGAGGUGGUUUAUGUUCAAUUUGAUCACAUCUUGUAACCUUGCAUAGAAAGAAUAAUGGAAUUUUCAGUGUUCAUCGGAUGAUUCA